GGGGAAAAGGGGGACACAGGGCGAAGGGGUAGAGGGAGAGAGAGAGGAAAAAGAAAAAUUAGUAUUCUCCUACCAGCCUCGCUAUAAAUCAAUCAUGGAGUCCUACGCGGUGAGCUGCAAAUACGCCGAGCCGCACUUCCCGUCUUGCGAGGAAGAUUACAGUCAUUUCACUGACCAAGGGGGGUAUUACAACAGCCCCCCGGACUGUGGCACGUACGGCGGUGGGCGCUACCAGCCUACGGCCGCAGCCCACCCGCCCGAGCCCGGCUACGCACCGCAGUCAACCGCCUAUGAACAUUCCUUGCAGGCGCAACCGCAGCAGCAGCAGCAGCCGCGGGAGGAUGCCGAGCGGCUGCCGCAACAAGGUGCGCCUUUCCCCGGCUUCACCGAGCACGACGACGCCGAGGGGAAGGAGGGUGGCUUUCCCGAGAUGUGGAUGACGUGCGCGAGUAAGCCUGCUCAGGUGCAGAGGAGAAUCGGUGCCGGAGGGGGCCACCAGGCUAAAGACAAGCCGCCAAUCGUGGUCUACCCUUGGAUGAAGAAGGUGCACAUCGCCCACGUGAACCCGAACCACCCUGGGCCGGAGCCCAAGCGUCUGCGCACGGCCUACACGCGUCAGCAGGUGCUGGAGCUGGAGAAGGAGUUCCACUUCAGCCGCUACCUGACGCGCCGCCGCCGCGUGGAAGUGGCGCACACGCUCUGCCUGUCCGAGCGCCAGGUCAAGGUGUGGUUCCAAAACCGGCGCAUGCGCUGGAAGAAGGACAACAAGCUGCCAAACACCAAGGGGCGCAGCAAGGCCAAGAAAAGCGCGGACAAGGCGGCCAUCCCGAUGUGAGAUUCAAAGGGGUUAGGGUCAGGGGGCUUUUGGACCCCCCCCCCCAAAUGACGAUCCAGGCCUACAUUCCUCAAGCAUCCAUGUAUUAGCCUUAUAUAUAGCCUAUAGUCUUGUCAUUUAUGUUCUGGAUCUCCUGGAAGAAUUUUGUUGUGGAGACAACAGGGUUAUUUUUGUAAUUAUUAAUAUUAUUAUCGUUAUUAUUAUUUCUACAGGGUAAAAAAACAAAACAGCAUAAUACAGGGUUGUAUAAGAGUGAGGCAGCGUAUUAGCUAUACUUAUAUGCACAUGACCAAAAUAGCAAACGCAAAGAUGACACAUAAGCAACAAAUGAGCACGCACUGUUGAUUUUUAUGUGCCAAAAGCAAUAGCGUGCAGCACACACACAUACACGCACCAACACGUGCACGCACGGACACGCGCACACACAUACACAGCUGAGCUCCAAAAGGUGUUUGCAUAUUUGUCUCAGGGUUUCCUUACAGGGUUUUAAAGUCCAUCCAGCAAAGAAUAAUACGUUUUUUUUUCUUUAUUCCAGUGUGAUAUGCCAAUUGGCCACCAUAAGUACUUAUCGUUUUUUUAUUAUGUGUAUGUUUCAUCGCAUAUUUUUAUUCUUGGUAGCAGCACGUGUCGUUUUGUAUGUGAGAAAGUACAGCAAAGGUAUCCGUGUACGACUUUUAUAUGUGUGGAAAAAACAUUUUGAUAAAAAAAAAAAAGAACUUGGUUAAGUGAAUAAAAAGCUUUACAUGACAGCAGAUUAGUGUCUCCUGCUCUCUUGCACACAAGAUUUUAUAAUAAAGUAAGAAUAUACAAAAGUCUCAA